ACUUCGCAAACGGACUGGAGACCACCACCACCACCACUCCACGACCGCUAGAAUGAACGCAAGAGCUUCCGAGAGCUUGGGACUGGUACUGUGCGCGCGCGGAGCGGGCAGUUCGGAGAUAGGUGACGGCGAGGAAGCGACACGUCGGGGAGUGCCUUUAACCAAGUCCCAAACCCUAGGAGGCCAUGUUACGACAGCGCCAUAUCGCUUUCAGCAUAGCAACGCCAGCAAGCUAGCCUGCUUAGUCUUAACCCAGCGGAUGCGAAGACGGCAGAUUCAGAGGGCGGCUCUGGCGAAGAAGAAAGUCAGCCCGAUGUUUAGAGGGCAAUAAGGAAACCAGGAAACCAAAUUCUGGCGGUAGCGGCUCCCCCGAGAAGUAGAUAAAAGAGAAGCCGCGGAGGUGCACGCAAGGCGUAGAUGGGCGUCACGCUGAUGGCAACAUGAAACGCCUGAUAGUGCCCAGGUGGUAGAGGAGAAGGUCGAGGAUUCCUCGCAAAUUUCUAACAGGAUCAGGCAGCUGCAAAGCCGUUUACUGGUGCGCUAACUACACUAUAGGCCGCUCCAAAUAUUCAAACGUAGCACCGAGUCCCUCGAGCACGCCGCUACAUCGGAGGCCACCAUCAGCAAUAAUGGACAGCAAGGAAACGGCGGCUAGCUUUCACUGAUCUGUAACUGCCGACGAGCUGUCUUCCCUUCGCUUCUGCCCUAGGGAACCACAGGAACUUCCUCCAGCUACUACCUUUGGUGCGUUGGGAAGUGC